AUGUCAACACGGAUGCGGCAAGCCGCUGAACAGUGGCGACGAGAUCCAAAUCUCAAUGGACUUUACGGUAACAUCGGUGAGCUGAUGGAGAAGAUGUUUGAAGGUGAAGCCGGUGAAAAGUUCAUGCAAGUCACGUCAACCUUUUGUCAACAUCAACAACAUGCGCUCGAAAUGCUCCGAACAAGGUGCAAGAAGGACAAAGAGGACGCUUUGGUGCGAUUUUUGGCUGAUGCUGAGGCGAACGCGCUAUGUCGGAAAUUACAACUGAAAGACAUGAUACCUGUUGAAAUGCAACGUCUCGUGAAAUAUCCGCUUCUGCUUGAAACCAUUGCAAAAUACACGAAUGAGCCUAGCGAGGAACAAGAUCGCCUUCUUCGUACAGUUGUGUCGGCUAAACGAAUACUGAGCGCUGUGAACACUGCGAAACGUAACGCUGAGAAUUUGCGGCGUCUGGAAGAACUACAGCGUCGAAUGGAUACCACACCGUUCGACAAGGAGUUUAGCGGUCACGACUAUGCCUAUCUGAAUCUCACCAAGUAA